AUACAUAUUCGUGUAUUCAAAAAUUGUCUGUGAAUUAGAAAAAAAAAUCAGGAUUUCAAGAAAUGUUCACGAAUUUUGAAAAGUGUUUUUCAUUCUGAGAAGUGUUCACAAUCUUUGAAAACAAGGUUCGCGAGUUUGUAAAAAAUGGGGUGGGGACGGAAGAUUAGCCCCAAGAAGGCAAAACUUGCAUGUUGUUGUGUAGUGUGGUCCUAUUUUAAAUUACAAAGAAACCCGCAGAAGAUUUAAGGCGACUUACAUAUAGCCGGUUUUGCAUGUUUUUCUAAGUCAAAGUCAGGAUUAAAUUUUCUAUGUCUUGCGAAACAAUCUCUGUCAAAUUUUACUUUGACGUGGCUUUGUGGAAAGCUAGUGCGCUUUCUGCAAAUAGUCACUCCUCAUUUACUUUUUUCAUGGUUAUCUCUCUUGUUUUAAUUUUUAAUUUUUUGUAGUUUAUAUUAAAGAGAAUAUAUAUUUUAACUACGUGUACAUUUAUUUCAUACCCACAUUUUUUUUGCUUUGUAAUACGGAAGUGACUCUUUUGAGUUGUGUAAACAUACUUUUUCAGUACCAAGUGCAACUUCGUGUAGUGCUAAACCUAAUUUUUUUCCCUCCCAGACCACCAUACGAAUAUCCCUUGUAUGCCGUAUGAGUCUUAAAGUGUCUUUUAAUUUAAUCUUUACUUGCAUGCAUGGUUUUCUAAAUCGAAGUCAACAGUAGAGAUUUUUCCAAGUCUCCUUAAACAACGACUUUGAACAUUGACGCCACUCUUCGCGGUAAACUGAAGAGUUAAUUUUGUGGAAAUAUUCACUCUUCAUUGUUAUACUUUUCUUAAUUACCCCGGCUACUUAUACAGCUGUACUGCGGAAGCUAUACCUUCAGGCAGCCAUGGCGCAGCAAGAUCAAGACGUCAUCAUGUACUACCGCAAUGGCCUCCUCCUGGCCGCCGCACUGCUAGUCCCUCUCCUCCUCCUCGUGAGGCUCAGGCGGCCGCGCGGGGAGAACCUUCCCCCGGGGCCAUGGCGGCUGCCGGUCAUCGGCAGCCUGCACCACCUGGUCGGCAGGCUGCCGCACCGCUUCAUGCGCGACCUCGCCCGCCGGUACGACGCCCCGCUCAUACUGCUCCGCCUGGGGGAGCUCGACGUCGUCGUGGCCUCCUCCGCCGACGCGGCGAGGGAGGUCCUCAAGACCCAGGACGCGGUCUUCGCCACCCGCAUGCAGACCCCCACCAUCCGCGCGCUCACGGUGGACGGCGCCGGCAUCGCCCUGGCGCCGCACGGAGAGCACUGGCGGCAGGCCCGCAAGCUCGGCGUCACCGAGCUCCUCGGCGCACGGCCGGUCCAGUCCCUCCGCGGGUCCCGCGAGGCCGGCGUUGCCGCCCUCGUCGCCUCCAUCGCCUCGGCGUCGGCGGCGUCAGGGCCUGUGAACGUCAGCUCCCUCCUUUCCACCUACAUCAUCGACGUGGCGGUGCGCGCCCUGGUGGGCGACCGGAUCGGGGGCGACCUCCGCGGCGAAUUCCUGGAGCGCCUCGGCGAGGGCGUCAGGCUGGCCACCGGAUUCGGCCUCGCCGACCUGUUCCCGUCGUCGCGCCUCGUGCGUGCCUUCAGUGGCUCGCUAGGCCGGCUGGAGGCGCUAGGCCGCGAGACGAGCCGGGUCAUGGACCGCAUCAUCGACAAGCACCAGCACGCCGGCGACGAGGAAAAAGACUUCGUCGACGUGAUGCUCAGGAUCCAGAAGAAUGACGGCAGCCUCCGUGCUGGAACCAUCCGUGCCAUGAUCACCGACCUGUUCGGGGCAGCGAGCGACACCUCGGCGACGACGCUCGAGUGGGCGAUGGCCGAGCUCAUGGGGAGCCCGGCGGCGCUUCGGAGGGCGCAGGCGGAGGUGCGAUCCGCCCUGGCCGGGGAGAGCCGCGUCCGAGAGGAGGCCCUGCCGGACCUGCACUACCUGCGUCUCGUGCUCAAGGAGACGCUCCGGCUGCACCCGGCGGCGCCGCUGCUGCUCCCGCGGGAGUGCCCCGAGUCCCGACAUGUCCUCGGCUACACCGUGCCCAAGGGCGCCAUGGUGCUCGUCAACGCGUGGGCCAUCGGCCGGGACGCGGCGACCUGGGGCGCCGACGCCGAGGAGUUCAGGCCGGAGAGGUUCGAAGAGGAGGCGGCGCUGGACUUCAAGGGAACCAACUUCAAGUUCGUGCCGUUCGGCGCCGGCCGGAGGAUGUGCCCUGGGAUCGCCUUUGGCCUUGUGGUCGUGGAGCUCGCACUGGCCAGCUUCCUCUUCCAUUUCGACUGGGAGCUCCCCGCCGGUGGGCUGCACAUGGAGGAGCAGCUCGGGGUCACGGCCAGGAGGAAGGGCGACCUCUGGCUGCAUGCCACAGUUCGGGUGCCUGUGCCUGCACUUGCUCUAUAGACAUCAGCAGGUUAUUACUGAAUUGUCGUGCUUCGGCCGUGGAAAAUUAGUCACCAAGGAAAUAAGUUGGUUAUAUUCCACAAUUGUGUGCCUGCUCCUGGCCCAUAGAUAUUCCAUCGUGUAUUUGUCUUGUA